AUGUGGUGGUUUCAGCAGGGGCUUUGCUGGCUCCCUGCAACCCUGGUCAUCUGGUCUACAACCACGUUUGUUCUCUCUUACUCCCUCACUGUGUUACUUGGACACACAGACCCAGUGCUGCCUUACAUCAGUGACACAGGCACACAGGUUCCAGAGCGCUGCGUGUUUGGGUUCAUGCUCUCCAUCACCUCCUUCUUAGGUGCAGCCACAGUCUAUGUGCGAUACAAGCAGGUCCAGACAUUAACCUCACCGAGCGAACAUAUCCUGCACUUGCUCAAUGGUGUAGGUAUCAUCCUUGGUUUCCUCAGCUGCUGUGGGAUGUGUGUGGUGGCCAACUUUCAGAAAACAGACCUGAUUGGCGUGCACCUGUUUGGAGCGGGGAUGACCUUUGCGGCAGGGGCGCUGUACAUCCUGGUGCAGACGGGCGUGUCCUACCGCAUGCAGCCCCGUUUCAACGGAAAGGGCGUCCUGUGGUCGCGUACGGCAGUGGGCUUGUGGACCCUGAGCAGCAUCGUCAUCCUGUUUGUGUCGUCCAUUAUCAUGUACGAUGAAGAGCCCGAUGUGGACGUGACUACCAAAGUCAGCUGGACGCCCACUGAGUUGGGAUAUGUGCCUCACCUGGUGAGUGCUGCCGCUGAGUGGUCCCUGGCAUUCUCUUUCAUCUUCUUCUUCCUCACCUACAUACGGGACUUCCAGAAACUUCGUCUGCGAGUCCAGGCCAUCCUGCAGUGUAACCACCUCUACAACUACGCACACUACGACGGGCGAGUGCACGUUCACCAUGGAGAGCGCUCUCCUCUGCUGGCAGGCAGCAUCUAAGAUUUAGUAUAUAAGUAGCGCCCCCUGCUGGUGUGGAAUACAAACAGCAGGUUUUUAGCCUGGAUUGGGUCAGUGCGCUUGGAUCUCUGCAUCACAUUGUGCACAGGCACAGUAGGUAGGACUUUCAUCAUUGUGAACGUCAUCAUGACCACAUGGUGAAGGAACUUUAUGGAAAUUGCGGUCUCCUCACCGGUAGUUAUGUAUUCGCCCUGAGGAUCUCAAAGACCUCUGGUGAACUGUGAGAUUUCUGGUUUAAACCGGGCAAAGGCACAAACACACAGGAGGGAUGUGCCAUACUGACUGCAGGUUAAGCCCAAAAGCAUUCAGUAAAUGCUAUGUACAAUAUGUAGUCCAUAUAUUUAUGCUCUGUUGUAAUGAUAGCAGUAUUAGAAGCUUUUCUACAUUUGAUCUAAAAGGUUACACGGCUGUUAUUACUCUUCUGUUGUCGUGUAAGCGAGCUUGCCCGAGGAAGCGCUCAGAGAACACAUCUUGAUGAGAUGAAAGGCUUUGUUCUCAAGUCUCAGUGAU